GGCGCGAACCUCGAAAGAGUGUGUGUGUGUGUGUGUGCGUAUGUGUGUGUGCACGCGGUGUGCGUGCGUGCGAAUACUUGUGACUGGCCGUGUCGAUGCGCGGGGAUUUGGCCAGUGUGUCAGUGUGAAAGAAGACAAUUGACUCGCAGCCGUCGCCGUCCGUCGGACGGUGCUCAGCCCAGCGGGGGCCUUCUGACGUCACAUCCUGCCCCGCGGCCUGUACCGAGAGCCCGCGAUCUCAUCUGGACCACGACGAACGAAGGAAAUUGAAUUGCUCUUUCAGCGAAUGAGGAACGAUGAUCUACCGCGACAAAAGGAUCCUCGGGAUCCUUGUCCUGCUCAACGUAGUCGCGAAGAUGCCGGCGAAUCAGACGGAUUCGCCAAAAACAGAUAUAAUCGAAGAAACCGAAGAAUUUACUACGACCAAAAGGAUUCUGCCCGACAGAUGUCUUGUCAAGACAGAACCGGGACCCUGCAAGCACUACGUACACAAAUGGACCUUCAACAAGGCCGAAGGAAAAUGCCGAACUUUUCCUUACGGCGGUUGUUUGGGAAAUGAAAAUCGAUUUAAUUCAGAGGCGGAGUGCCUCCAUUAUUGCGUCGGUGGUGCCGAUCAUACGCUACCGCCUUAUCUUGUAACAAAGGGCAACGUAUUUGUGGCAACGAGCACCACGACAAUGAGCACUCCACCGUCGACCACCAGUAGCACGCCACGACCGACCUUUACACCCCCGAAACCAACGAAACCGCCGGUGCCAAAGCACCUACGAGGAAAGGAAUUGACUUUCAUGGAAUCUGGUCACGAGAAAACGUUCAUGUUCGCACAAAGUAAUACUUUCAUCCAGCUCGACGGCCCUGGCAUCAAAACCUUCCAGUUGAGAUUAUGUCGCGAGAUAUCCUUCAAGUUCCGCACCAAGCUUCCACACGGUUUGCUAGUUUAUCACAGUGUCAAAGAUCGCCCAGAGAGCCUCGACCCUUAUGCCCUUUAUGUGAUAGUAGAGAAGGGUCAGUUAAAAGUUGUUCAUGUAUUCGGCAAACAGUCGACUAGUUUAAUAGUCGGUCAAGGACUUAACAGAGACGAGUGGCACAGCGUUCUCGUGAGGAUCGACGUGCACGGGGCAAAGUUAAUCGCCAGGGUCGACGAUAAACAAGCCGAGACUACUCUAAAAGUUUUAGAGCGCAUCGUUAAUUACGGAGUAUCCGAAGAACUGGCCUCGGUAGUCCUUAUCGGAGGUGAGAGAUUUCUUCCCCACGGAAUUUUUUGUUUCUUUAUCACUUAUUUUCACUUUAUUUUGACAGGACUGAGUUCCGAAGAACGAUUGCAUGGAGUGAAAUACAUAAUAGAAUCCUUUGUCGGCUGUAUCAGGGAUAUGGUUCUGAGUUCCGGCAAAUCCGCCAGCGAUCUACUGCCCAUUCGACCACUAAUCGCGACCAAGCAUGAGAAUGUUAAGGAAGGAUGUAUCGAUAAGUGCAGGACACGAGAGAACUUGUGCUUCGUCCCCGAUCAAUGUGUGAAUCACUAUAAUAGUCUGACGUGUGACUGUUUCGGCACGAAUUAUGAGGGUGAACGUUGCGAUGUGUACACCGCGACCAUACUGACGCUUAGAGGCUCCUCAUACGUGUCCUUUCGCGUGUACGAUUGGAAGGAUCGUGUUCACUCGUCUGUCAACAGGAUCAGCCUCGCUUUUAAGACAAAAUGGGACAAUUCUGUCUUGUUUUAUGCUUCUGGUGAAAUCGACGGCACGCCGCAUUACAUUGCAGCUUCCAUUAUAAACGAAUCGGUUCACGUUGAACUCGAUUUCGGACAUAAUUCGAAGAUCUCCACCACGUUGGGCGAUUACGUCACGUCGGAUCAUUGGAAUAACUUGACCAUAUUCCAUAACGGAUCCUCCGUCUUCGUCAGUUUAGACGACGAGGUCAAGGUACUAGAAAUACCGGGAGAAAAUUGGAAUAUGAUUAUCGAUCCGGAAAUAUACAUCGGUGGUGGUCCGGAGCUCCACAAAAAGAAGGGUCUCCUGUCGCACAAUAAUUUUGCAGGUUCCCUGAAGUAUGUGUUUUUCAACGACAAAUCAAUUAUAUACGAAUUGAAGCGCUCUAACCCUAUGGUGCACUACAUCGGUGUGUUGGAACCGGAAUACUACGAAGCCGAUGUCGAAGUCAUUCCGAUCACGUAUCCUUUCGCGGGAAGUCAUAUCUGGUGGCCGAUCGAGCGAACUAAUUCGCUGAAGUUAAACUUCGAUUUCAAAAGCUCAAAGCCAAUCGCGAUUGUCGCUUCAGGAGAUGUUAAGAGCAGUCGCGGUGUUGGUUACUGGGAGUUACGUCAAGUCAAUGACGAAAUUCGUUUCCAACUGGUACCAGUUUUAACGGAAAACAUUACGGUAUCAACUUCCGUGAAGUUUCCGCCUUACAAUACUUCUUGGCACGCAGUUGAGCUUAAUUAUACAAAAGGUGAACUUAACAUCCUCCUCGAUUACAGAAAUAAACAGAGCAAGCUCUUCGCUAUGGCAUUUGAGUUGGGAGAUAAAGUCAUUAUAGGAAGUGGUAAAAGUAAUGCGGGUCUAGUAGGAUGUAUGCGUGAGAUACGAGUGAAUGGUCAAAGAAUCGAACCUAGACACGUAAUUAAUACCGAAAGAGUAGUCGGAGAAGUCGCUUUAGACAAUUGUCAAUUUGUGGAUCCGUGCAAGAGGCCGAACACUUGUGAACAUGGCGGUAAAUGCUCGGUCAAGGAAGAUAGGAUCACAUGUGAUUGCACAGAUACGGGAUAUAUUGGAAAGAACUGCCAUUUUGCACAAUACAGAAAAACCUGUGAAGAAUUGGCUCUUUUGGGAUACACGCAAGAUGACGUUUAUAAAAUCGACAUCGAUGGAAACGGUAGAUUUCCGCCUGCCUUGGUAAAGUGCGAAUUUCAAUCGAUCGAAGAUUCGACUAAAACGAUUGUCGAACACAAUCUACCCUCCCAAGUGGACGUCAGAUCUAUCACCGAGAGCGACUUCUCCUUCAAUAUCAAGUAUAGGCAGUUCACCGCCGAAAUGCUGCAAGAAUUGAUCUCGCACUCGCUUUAUUGCAGUCAAUAUGUAAAGUACGAUUGUUACAAGGCACCCUUGGACUUGCAUAGCGCUACGUGGUUCUUAGGUUCCAAAGGUACCACUGUCGAUUAUAUCGGCAACGUCAAUCGUGGAUCCUGUCCUUGUGGAAUGAACAGAACAUGCGUGAAUUCCAACUUGAGCUGCAAUUGCGAUGUGUCUACUGGAAACGCCGGAAAAUGGUUGUCAGAUGAGGGAUAUUACGAAACACCUGAUUCCUUAGGCAUCACCGGAAUGGUGUUCUUGCAACAAAGAGAUCUCGAAGAAGAUGCUCGGGGACGUAUCACCUUAGGGCCAUUGGAAUGUGUUGAAACAAAUACACAAAAAUACGUGGUAACGUUCACGACGUCGCAAUCAUACAUCGAAGUGCCUGGUUGGAGAAAGGGUGACAUAGCCUUCAGUUUUCGAACAACAGGCGAGAAGGCUAUUCUUCUCUAUCAACCGCCAAUUCGGAGUAACUAUCCUUCCUUCAUGGUCGCCCUAACAUCGGAAUAUCGGUUGACCUUUAAUUUCACUCUGAAUACCGGUACUAAUCGCGAAUUACAAGUAGAAAGUCGACGAAAACUGAAUAAUGGCGAGUGGCAGAAGAUUUGGAUUGACUACAAUGAUUAUCACGUGAGAUUUAUGAUCAACACUGACUUUCGAAUGGUAGAUUUGUUUCCUGAAGAGGAAUUUGGGCCCUUCGAGGGAUCUAUGUUCAUUGGCGGAGCUACUGCAGAGCAUUUGAAAACUUCUUCUGUUCGACAAGGCCUUAUUGGUUGUUUCCGUGGUCUCGUUGUUAACGGAGAAAUAUUAGACAUUCACAGUUAUAUGUCGGUACAUUUAUCAGAAAUCAUUAAAGACUGUAAGCCUUCGUGUCAACCUAAUAAAUGUCAAAACGGCGCCAAAUGCGUCGAGUUGUGGAGUAAUUUCGAAUGCGUAUGCGAAAAUCGAUGGGCACAUUUAGGCACUUAUUGCGAGACAAAUAUCAACAAUAAAGCUUUAACAUUUACCUCACCAAAAGCGUUCUUAAAAAAAAAUUACUUCGGGUCGGACGACAACGAGGAGAGAUUGCAGUUGAAAAGCAUGCUACUAGAAAAUAUUUUAAUUAAUUUAAGAACUUAUGAUACUCAUUCUCUGAUACUUUAUGCGAAUGAUCAUUUGAACAAUUUUGUACAUCUCUACAUCUCAAACGGUACCAAUAUCGUAUACCUUUUCAACGCGGGCAAUGAGAUCAAGAAUAUCACCGUGGAAAAUCCACAUGUCAACACAGGAAUCUCCGUGCAAAUAGCUAUAAUUCGAGGCGAGAAUUGGACUACGUUGUUCGUGAACGAAUAUAACGUCACAUUGAACGCGACACCGAUACUCCUAGACACAUAUUCAAACAAGCCUUGGACGAAUUCAGAGAAAGAAGUUCUCGCACCGCAACGGCCGCCAGCACCUCCCACUGAUUAUUUCCAAGUAAAUUUAGGAGGAUUCGAUCCUGACAAUCUGCUCAGAGUCGGAAAGGAAGGCGCUUUAAUUCAAGGAUACGUUGGUUGCUUGCGAGGACUCAUGAUCGGCAAAUAUCUCGUCGAUCUACCGAGCUUAGCCAGUGAAGCGAAUCAUGAAGGGAGUAAAGGUGUUCUGCCAAAUUGUCAAAUGAAAUGCGACGCGAUGCCCUGCAAAAAUUUAGGAAUCUGCACAGAGGAUUUCGGCAGGCAGGAAUCUUCUUGUAACUGCGAGCUGACGUCCUAUUUUGGCGAACAUUGUGCCGAUGAAAAGGGCGCCGAUUUCAGCGGGGAAAGUGUACUUCAACGCGAAUUCGAACUCGAGGGCGAGGUGAAUCAGGUGAAAGUACAGCUGGCAUUCUCAACGAACGAACUGCGACAGCGUACCACCGCGUUGCUGCUGGUACAAACCGACAACAAAAGGAGCUACUACUUAUUGGUGGCCUUGACGUCCGAGGGACAGCUAAUCUUCGAAGAGGACAGGGACGGCUCGGCAGCUGGAGUACGCCUAAGCGAUCGGAAUUUCCUGAAUGGUGCACGUCACAGCGUCUACUACGUUCGCGAUAAUAACACGGCCAUUCUCUUAAUUGACCGUGAACCCGUCCAAUUGCUACCAAUUCCGGGAAUACCGAUACCAGACGAGGACGAAACUCCGGGUGCCACGGAAAUACAGCUUGGUGGAUUGAAUACCACCGAUUCGCGAUUUACUGCUUAUAAGGGAUAUACCGGUUGUCUCAGCAACGUCGUGAUAUCUAUCAAUGGAGGCCCUGACAUGAAACCGUUAGAGGAAUAUAUGCUAUUUACGAAACAGGGCAGCGAGACCGUGCGAGCAACGAUACCCGGCGGCGUUAGAAGUGCUCAAUGCGCGGUUUUCCAUGUUCAACCAGGUGGUUUUGAACCGCCAAAGAAUGACAGCGUGGGCCGUGAUAAAGCGUGGGUCGAGGAUCCACCGGAAAGAAUCCUAUAUAAAUCGCAAUAUUCGGGCGCUACUCAGGAAGAGCAAGGCGCGGGAACGUAUAUCUUCAUAGCUCUAUGCUGCGUCUUCGUGGCCGCGGUGAUCGGGUGCAUUUACGAGGUGUGGCGAAGUGCGCGCAAGGAUCGUCGACGACGUCGCGACGCGGCCUCAGGAGCUGUUGCGACCACCGCUUCCGGUUCGCAGAGGUGGCAGCCGCAACAGUACACGGAAUCCCUGGUCACCGCGUCUGGCGUGAAAGCGGUCGGCUUCAAGAUGGACGAUGACAAGAGGCCGAAUGGAACUCACGUAAAAGUACCCAAUUCCAAAGAAUACAAACCACUGCCGAAUUCAGAACCCAAGGAGUUAAUGAACGAUAAAAAAGUUCACAUUAAAGCAGACGAAGAACCAGAGAAAAAGGAGCUCCUAGGGGUAAAUACAGGCAUCGUCAUUAAACCUGUGAAACCGAACCCAUUCUCAAUGGAAGAUCUAACAGAAGAACCCGAACUAGAAGAACGCGAGGAAGAAGAGGAAGAAGAAGAGGAAGAGGACACCCAGGAUCCGGAGGUAGACGAAAACAAAGAUCAACUAACACAGGAAUAUCAGCAAGAGGAGCAAAAGGACACGAAUAACGAUCGAGAUGGCGAGCUUCUAGUUAUGCCGGUAAGAAACAAGACGGCAAGAAAAGCUUCUUUGACUGACGAACUGGACCCUGACGAAACGCAGGCCCUCCUCGAGACAAACUUUUCCGUGACGGGUUUGAAUGAGAUCAAAACCGAACGUAUAAUACCGAAACCAAAUAACACGAAGAGUGCAGCAAAUAAUACCAUGCCGAAGAGACCGAUGAGUCUCGACCUCAACGCGCCAAUCAAGUUCAGAAAGCUGCGCGGAGGAGUUCGGCCCGAGAAGGUCACGGUGAAGUUGGUCAAUGGUGACGAAGUGAGUCGCCAGUCUCGAGGCAGAGGCUACGUCGGCGUCGCGUCCGCGUAUCGCGCUCAAGAACAAUUGAACUGACUGACGACAAUAAUUAAAAAGUUCAAGAGCAGUCGCGCGUUUCAACUAUUGUAAAUAUCGCAUAAAGCGAUCGUUCUUAAAUGACAAUCACAUGUAAAUUUUACGACGGUACGAUUUAGCUACUUACUGUGAGUACGUAACAAGAUCGCUGAGUGUGGUUGAAAUGUAACAUGGCUAAUGUCAAAGGUGCUUAACUAAAAAUUUCUAAUAUUUAUCUAAACGGGAAAUUUGUGAGUUAGGCGCCUGUAAUACUUGGCCAUUCAUAACUAGUUCUAGCACACGCAUAAUUAUCCGCUCAAAAUCGCAUUUUACGUGCGGAAUAGAAGUUCAUUAUUAAGAAAUAAAAUAGUAGUAAAAUAAUGCGUUUUCUUCUAACGAUGACAAUUGGUCAGUGCAAAUUUGAUAAAUUGCUUUGAAAUUGUCGCAUAUUCUUUACUUUGCAACGUAAACACUAAUUCAUAAACUACGCGUUUUACUUAUUUAAUUUUAUGAUUUAGCUACACAUAAAUCAGUGUAUACAUUUGAUUGAAAGUUUGGCUCACAGCCACAUUCGGAGAGAGAAAGACAUUCGAGUAAUGUAAAGUUUAGUGUCAUAGUCAAGCACCUAUUUGUGUUUCUUAUGUAGCACGUCGUCAGUAUUUUUCCAGUAUUGAUUAGCUGUAGGAGAAGCCAUAUGUACUUAGCUUGAACAAAAGACUAUUUUAAGACUCUAGUGCCUAUAUAAAAUAACAAUAACGAAUUCAAAAUAACAUUGAAAGUAAAUCUACAACGAAUAUCGAGAAUAAAAAAAACUUAUAACUUUGAGAAAUUUAUGAAAAAAUCAAUUUUAUUUUUAAUAAAUUAAAAUGAAAUAUUGUCUACUAAAGAAAGGUCACCACAGCAUAAAUUUAUGUUAUUGUCAUCGAUGGCUGCGGUGUACACACAAAAGGAAGCAAACUAUUCUAAUAUUGAAAUUAUACUGACAAUGAAUGAAUAUCACGAAUUUGAAAUUUUAAGAAUACUUUGUAUUAUUUUUAGUAACAUAUAAUAAUUCUAUAUAAUAAUUCUAAUUUGUUUGUUUUGUGUACACUCGCGAGGCUGUUUAGUUUGAUUUCGCUGCUUCGUACAAUCGUACAAAAUGUGACGUUUGUGUGCUUUUGGUGGCGAUCACACAAAAUAAUCAUGCGAUAAAAUUCACAAAGCAUACCGAAAUCAUCCAAAAUCCGAUCUCGACCUCAGACUUUAAUAUAUCCGACAUACUUUCAGCACAGGGAUUGGUCUAAUGUUGAGGAGAGCGUUAUACCGUUAGACUCCAUUUUAAAACCCGAUGAAACGAAAACAUCGUGCGAAUUAUAGAGGUACGAUGUGUCACAUGCACGUCGAUGAUAAUCUAUACGAAUGUUAACUCAACAAUCGCAUCUUGAUUUGCAUUUUUCGUAGCCUUCAUUCUUCUCUAAAUCGCAGAAUUUAAUAUUGUUAAUGAUAUAAAAAUUAUAUCUAAAUAAAGUUCUCCAUAUGCAUUGGCAAUUAACAAAAAAUUUUUUGGGAUAAUAUUAUAGAAUAUAGAUUGAGCAUUACAUGUAAUCAUAAAAUAAUCGUAGUUCUACAGUUAAUUAGUAUUACUGUGAUUAUUUAAUGGCUACAGGUAAAACAUAAACUAUUACACACAAAAGAUUACAAUUUAUUUAUGAAUCAGAAAAAUGUUUUGUCACGGCUGAAAUUGAUACAAAAAAUUUUAUUAUCCCGACACUUUAAUUAGCGGACUGUUAGCGUUUUGAAUUUUACGAUUUAAACUUUUGGCAAUUUCUGAAUUUUUAUUUUUGUCAUUUUUUAAAUAUUUUAUUAAUGCUGUAUUAACAAUUCAUCAAUUCAUAGCUGGCGUACGAAACAGAUAUGCGUGUUCAAAUGUACCUCAUCCUUCUCUAAAUAAGAACGUUUACGAUGCAUCCCCUAAUCGGAAUGACGAAAAGAUUUAUAUUCUUCUGAAGCAAUUAGCAAUUCUUAGACAUUAAUCCGUGAGUCUUGAGAUACAUUUUAUAGCAUGUUAUAUACAGACGAAAACGACAGAGAAGAAAUAUACGAUUUUUUCCAUUAA